GAUUAGAGAGGCUUCCGGGGUGAUGUUGCUCAGAGACGCAGAGAGCCCUGAACGAAAUGGACGAGGGCAAUACCUACGUGAAUGUGAAGUUCGGAGAAACGGGUCCACAGUCUCCUUCCAACGAAGAUCCGACUUCCACCUACUCAGAGUUGAACUUUCCGAAAGACGAACCCCUCAUCGUUGAGGAUGAGGAUCCUGCCAUCGCCUCGGUGCGCGGCGAGCAGCCAAUCACUGCACAGACAGAGCAAACUUGUUACAAGGAUUGGGUCAGAAAUGAAGAUCGGUGUUAUUUCAUAUCCACGUUUGAAACAUCUUACCGUGGAGCGACGAAACAAUGUUCAAACUACACAUCGAGGCUUCUUCAAUUAAAUACAACAGAGAAAAAGAUCCGGCAGAUCCAGCAGAUCCAGCAAUAUCCUUGCAAAUUUUCUCCGUACUCUUUCAACCUGCUUUCCAUCUUCCCGCUGCGCAAGAACGGAAUUCGCAAGUGA